GGCUUGGAGCGGUAUCGCAGAUUGCUAUUGGUUAAGGACAGGGAAGCGAAGGAAAAUUAAAGCGAACGUUCACGUAGAGUGGACAGAGAGAAGAAUAAGGUGGAGGAGUUGUAGUAUUUGUUGUCCGAUUCCUUGUAAAGGGCGAGUAAAAUGGGAGAUACACUGGAAGUUGGAUUAAUGAUAACGCCUGAAACUCCUGGGCGUCCCAGAGUUCUCAACCCCUUUGAGAGUCCAAGUGAUUAUCACAGCUUGCAUGAAUCAAUAGUUGCCAGCCCUUCAGUUUUCAAAUCCUCCAGAACUUCAUCUGCAACUCCUGGGAAAUUUAAAUGGUCAAUUGAUCAGAUUGCUAGUUUGAACCCAGUUGACAUUGACCCUGAAGACAUUCAUCAGCAAUCUCUGUAUAUGAGCCAAGUAAGGACUGAUACAGAAAUUGAGGAAAGAAGACAAAAAGCAAUUGAAGAGUUCUUCACGAAGAAUAUGAUUGUCCCUUCUCCUUGGACUCAACCAGAAGUAAAAAUAGCUGCACAGUUCCACUCAACAAGAUGUCCCAUUUCUCCCUUGGAACAUGCAGUUAAUAUUCCACCAGGAAAAACAAAUGCUACCUGUCAAACACUGCUGUCAUUACCAGUGGAUUUUGAUCUGGAAAAAAUACUAGGUGAUUAUUACAAGACUGAGGAGGCUGCUGACCAGUCUCAUGAGAGCCUGUGUUCAUCAUCUCUCCGACGGAAGCUCUUCCUGGAUGGCAUUGGAAGUGAAUCAGAGGUUUCCUCCCCACCUACCCCAGAAAGGAGCCCCUGUGUUGCGCCUGUGGGGUCAAAUGGGGUGCUGUCUUCAUCAGAUUUGUCACCGGUCCAUUGUAAAACUCCAGUGGAAACACCAAGCUCUGGACAGUUUUCUUCUAGUCCUAUUCAGGGUGGUUCAAGAGCCUGCAGUUUGGGAAGUGUGACGAGCCCUACGUUUCCUGAAAGGAUUUUACCUUGUUACAAUUCCCCUAUUUUGUCUCCCAUUUCGCUCCAGAGUGGAAAAACUCCAGGAUCAGCAGAACGGAGGAAACUGAACUUUCUGUCCCCUGAUGGCGCCUCUCUGGGCAGCUCUAGCUGUAAGGUUAAUUCCUGCACCGGAAGUCCAUUUGUAGAGGGCUGCUCUCCCAUAAGAAGUUGUUCCCCCAUGGGGUCCAGUAAAAGCAGGGCUGUGCUGCACGGCAGAGCUUCACCUAUCCAACUGUCUUUUACACUUGAACCAACUGUUGAAGACAAGGAACAUUUUCCACCAAUGGGCAACUUGGCGUCAAUUGACGUGGACACAUUCUCCCUGCAUUCUGAUGCCGUUGCAGUAAAAUGUGAAUCAUUCUUGAUUACUGGAGGCAAAAGGGAGUCUGCAUCAUCAGCCAUUAUUGAUUCAAGGGUACCUUUAGAACAAAUAGAAGAAUCAAAGGAAAACAGUACUGUGGAUAUGGCAGACCAAGUAGAAACUGCAGAGGAUGAUAGCACAUGGGCAAAGGGUGAUGAUAAUACAAACAUACCACUGACAAGCUCCAGGACUGGAAGUAUAUCGUAUUCCCACUCUCCUAUGUGCUUGUCGCUGCUGGUGGAAAGUAGUGCCAUUCCUUGUGACAGCAACAGUAUGCAGGUGGACAGUGGCUAUAACACACAUUCAACUGGUAUAAGCAGCAUUAUAGAUGGCAUUAGUUCAGAGAACUGUGGAAAAGAAUUGCUGGAUAUCCAAAUGCCGGAUGAAACCCUAGUAUUAUGUAGCAAACCUCUGCAUUUUAAAUCCAAGUUACAUCAUAUACACCAUUGAUGAAGAGGACUGUGGCUCUUGCAACAGCCUUCUGAAAUUCCUAGAGAAACAGUAAACCAUGCGUUUCAAUCAAAUUCCAGUGUAUGAAUGUAGUUUUAACCCUGUAAUGCCCAGCAUCUUGAAAUGAGAAAAGCUACUUUUAUUAAUUGAAUUCCAUUUCUUGUACAAAAACACUGUAUUGCAUAUUGAACCAUUCUAGCUUGUGAGGGUGGACUUAAAAAAUGAGGGGUGGCUAAGUGUUGUAUCGCGUGAUACAGAAAUGGGCAUUACAGGGUUACAAUUAAAAUCUAUUUGUCAGGUCCUUGCAGUCAUACAUUUGACACAUUGGUACAGAUGUAUCAGUUUUUACUGUAAAGUGCAAUUGCACCAUUUAAAAUGAAUUGUAUCUAUGUGUGUGUGUAUUAUUCAACAGGGGGAUUAAAACUGUGACAUAACUUUGGUAAACCUUCUGGCCAAAGACUUUUGUGGGGGAAAAGUGGAGACCUUUUGAAAAAGAUAAUAUAAUUGUUAUGUUUUACUAAAACUUGAAUGCUGCAUUAUGGAAUUGUUUUAUUUGAUUAAACUACAUUUUAUUUCUUCUUAAAGGAGAUUUUUAAUACUGUGUUAGUAAUUUAUAUGACACACAUAAAUAGGAUCAGCUCACUUAAACAUUAGAACAUGUUUUUUAGCUGGUUUUCGAAAGGUAAUAUUAGGUCAUUCUCAAAAAGGUGUUAAUAGAUAAAACUGCAUGUUAUUUUAAGGGCUUUUCUGAAACUAUUUAUACCUCAACAGUCAAGUAUUGUACCAGAUAUCGAAGUGGUCUUGAUACUGACAGUAUGAUUGUUUUUAAAAGGAGCAUGAUGAUGAUUCUGAUUUAAGGACUUAUGUUUAGUGUAGCAACAAUUAAGUAAUAAUGUGUCCCGUCUGUGUUUGAUUAGUUAUUUUAUAAUCACCUGUCAACAACCUUUAUGCUGUUAUUUUUAGUUUCAUAACUAUCAUUUUAAGAUGAAUUCUAUUUUAUAACAUUAAUGUAAUGUGCAGCGAUUGGAAUUUGGGGCGGGGCGUAUAUUUAUCACAAUAAAGUUAUUUUUUUAUUAUUAUUA